AUGGGAGUUGGCUAUCUGCCUCAAGAAGCCUCUAUUUUUAGAGGACUUACUGUAGAACAAAACAUUCGCGCUAUUUUAGAGGUUGCAGAAAAAAAACCUGAUCGUCGUGAAGAACGGUUAGAAGAGCUUUUAAACGAAUUUAUGAUUUCACAUUUGCGUUCCUCUUUAGCAAUUACCCUCUCUGGUGGAGAACGACGUCGUGUUGAGAUUGCGCGUGCUUUGGCCGCAAAUCCUUCUUAUAUGAUGCUUGAUGAACCUCUAGCAGGAAUUGAUCCUAUUGCUGUUCGUGAUAUUCGAGAGCUUGUGGCAAAAUUAAAAGAUCUAAACAUUGGUGUCUUAAUCACGGACCAUAAUGUUCGUGAAACUCUAGAUAUUGUAGAUCGUGCCUACAUUAUCUCAGAAGGACGCACACUGAUGGAAGGCACCCCCUCUGAUAUUAUUGCAAAUGAAGAUGUUCGACGCGUCUAUUUAGGGGAUGAUUUUAGCUUUUAA